CACUGCCUAGCCUCCUUGCUCAGCCCCGCCUCCUUUCAGUCUGACUCUUAAGACUUUAUGAGCAUCUCCGCCCGGGACCCACUGGCCCUGCGGCUGGCUCCGCCGCAGAACGGACCUGGGGUUCCAACCUUCUGGGGUCCAACAUCGGGGUGAAGUGCUGGGCGGUUAGGAGCCGCUGACCUCCUAACCUUUUCACCCAGGAGACACAAAGGGAGGAAGAACUUUUUGGAUCCGAUCCGAAUACUAACGCAUCUCUUUCCGCCUCGCAGUAGAAACCCUUGAUACGUUGCUCAUUUGCCCUUCUGAGAUCUCAGCUCUGGAGAGCAGGAUCUGACUUUGACUCAGGGUGGAGAGAGUUGAGAAAGCGGUUGGGAAGUGAGAGAACAUGUUACAUCUGAUGGAAAAAAGAGAGAGAGAGAAAGCUUCCUGUGAAAGCAGAGAAGGAAAAGAAUAAGAUUAGGUAUUCUUCUUACUAGCUAAGCAACACAAUGGAAACCACGGCGAAAACAAUUAAAAAGGAUACUCAAGAUGGGCCGCCAAAGGAAGUCAAAUUGCCUAUCAGUGAGGCACUUCUAGACUAUCAGAAUGGCAUCCAGCUGCAGCUCCUCUCUCCUCUGGGUCAGCCAGAGGCCGGUCUUCUCCUCCUCAACAGAGCUUUUCAAAGAGGCGAACAUUUUAAAAUUCUCAUGAUCGACUACAAGAUCUGUCAAAUAAAGGAAAAUGCAGUAGAACGACUUAUGGCUCGAAGAAAGAAAUUUAGAGAAAAGAAUCCAAAGUAUCAUGAAAGAAAUAAACACUUAAAGGAUGAACAAAUUUGGCACAUACGGAAACUACUAAAGGAACUGAGUGAAGAGAAGUCAGAGGGAUCCGUAGUUGUAACAAGAGAGGAAGUUGAAAACGCGAUGAAGGAAACAUGGAAGUUUGAAAGAGACCAGGGACAAAACUUGAAAGAUAUGCGCAUCCAAAUAAGUAAUUCUGAGAAGCUAUUUCUUGAGAAACUCAGUGAGAAAGAAUAUUGGGAGGAAUACAAGAAUGUAGGGCGUGAACAACAUGCUAACCUCAUCACCUCCUUACAGAACGACAUCAACAGAGUUAAGGAGAAUGCCAAAAAAAUGUCAGAACAGUAUAAAAUCACCUUGCAAGAUGAUAGAAAGAAAAUAAUCAAAGAAACUUUGUUGCAGCAGGACCAAAAGAAGGAAUGGGCCACAGAGAAUGCUCUAAGGUUCAUUGACAAGGGCAGCUAUCGAGAGAUCUGGGAGAAUGACUGGCUCAAUAAAGAGAUUGCAAAUAGCAGGAAGGAAGUGGAAGAACUGGAAAAAGGUAUUCAUGAGCUGGAAGAAGAAAAUUUGGUGCUUAUUGAUCAGCUAUUCAACUGCAGACUUGUGGAUCUCAAGAUACCCAGGCGACUGUAUCUUACCCAAGCUGUCGGGCAGGAAGUACCACCUGAAGUGCCUUUGAAAUUGUCAGAAACACAUAAAGUCAUCCCAGAAAAGUCAGAAUCGCAACCUACAGACAUAAAAAGCAGAGACAUGUCGAGCAUCUCAUUUGGGAGCAGUGGUUUUCGUCUUAGUUACAAGGACAGCAGACUGGGCCAGCUUCUGGAGAGAGAUGAAGAAGAAAGCUCAAGAAUAGAGUUUGGGGCCUCUGAUAUGAAAUACUUACUGUAUGAGGAUGAGCAGGAUUUCAAGGAUUAUGUAAACCUGGGCCCCCUGGAAGUGAAGCUCAUGACUGUGGAGAGCAAGAAAAUGCCCAUCCACUUCCAAGAGAAGGAAACUCCAGUCAAAUUCUAUGAGGAUGUCAGGAGUCCAGAAAGCCACAUCACGUAUAAAAUGAUGAAGUCUUUUCUCUAAGACUGAAAAGUGAAAACAACUUCCUGUACUUUUCUUUUGGGAACUGAGGUGUAUCAGUUGCCCAUUUUAUUUACACUUUGGUCCAGUUUUAAAGCAGUGAAUAUUUCUAAAGGUCAUAAUUACAGUUAAA